AUGUUUGACAUGGCCAGCACCCAGACCAGCCUCAAGUCCCCCUUUAAAGAGCUGAGUGCUUUCAAAGGCAGCCUGAAGCGUCUGUACAGAGAGCGUCUCGAAGAUGCCCCCAUAAAGAAGCGUGUGAUGGCCGAGAUGAACCUGAAGAGGCGCAGUCUUGACCAGCUUCAGAAGCCAGCGAAAGUGAAGCGCGAGCGUGAACGUGAGCGCGAUCUAGAAGGGCGUGCAGAGCUACAUGUGGGCGGAGCUAAGGCCCUUGACCUCAGCCCUGGACUUAAACACACUCUGGCUCAGUUCACUUUGAGCAGCCAAAGUUCUCUUGGAGGCCCCGCCGCCUUCUCAGCUCGCACCGGACACGAGCACUCCCCGGCAGGCAUGCCCCCCCUGCCCUCGCCCCCGGUGCUGGGCGGAGGCCCUCUGCUGGUGCCCUGUGACAGCUCCACAGAGCUCACACACUCUGUGCUGGAGGGAGAGUCCAUCUCUUGCUUUGUUGUGGGAGGUGAGAAGCGCCUGUGUCUGCCACAGGUGCUGAACUCAGUGCUGCGCGACUUCUCGCUGCAGCAGAUCAACACAGUCUGUGACGAGCUCUACGUCUACUGCUCACGCUGCGACGCAGAGCAGCUUCAUAUCCUCAAAGUGUUGGGCAUCCUGCCCUUCAACGCUCCGUCCUGCGGCCUCAUCACACUGACCGAUGCUCAGCGUCUGUGCAACGCACUGCUGCGCCCCGGAGCUGCCCUGCCCACAGACCCCAGUGGGAAGCUGUCAGCGCAAUCCCUGCUCAAAGAGAGCGACAGCAGCUUCCAGGUGGAACACCAGUGUCUGGGCAAGUGCCAGGGCCUGUUCGUGCCCCAGUUCUACACUCAACCUGAGGCGCCAUGCAUCCAGUGCGUGGAGUGCCAGCUGCUCUUCUCGCCACAGAAGUUUGUCAUGCACUCGCACAAGUCGCCUGACAAGAGGACCUGCCACUGGGGCUUUGACUCGGCCAAGUGGCCCUGCUACCUGCAGCUGGCCCGCAAGUACCAGGGCUCAUCUGAAGAGGCCAAACUGAAGCAGCGCCUGGACGAGGUCAAGGAGAAGUUCCACUUCCAGCUCAAGCGCUCGCUAGACAAAAAGGCGGUGGAGGAGGAGGAGAGUCGCAUUAAGAAGCCACCGGUGGACAUCUGCCCUCCCAGCGGAAAGUUAUUGGAAAGUGAAAACCUGAAGAAGGGGAAAUCUACUCCUCCUUCGCUGGUGUUUAAUCGACUUUUCAAUGACAUUAAGGAGGAGCCCGGACACCCAGCCCUCGUCCAUCCCAGUUACUUCUUGUACACCUACGAUAAGAUGGUGGCUCCAAACGUGUCUCUGCGGCGGGAGGCGGAGAUGAGUCCGGAGAUGUUAGGAGCUCUGCUGAAGCACCACUACAGCCGCAGGGUCCUGGGCCACGACGAGCCGCCUAUGGACCUGCACGCAUCGCCUCCCGCACCGAUCGUGUCUCCCGACGAGUGCAAGUCUCAGGUCUUUUCGGCAGACAGGGAACGCCAGGCGGCCCAAGCAGUUUCCAUGGAGACCAGCAGCAGUUGUAAGAAGCGCAGCGCCAGCCGCUCCCCUCCUCCUGCUCCUCCUCCUCUCCCCCCCACAUCCUCUUCAUCAUCCCCUCACACGGAGCAAACUGAGCCCAAGGACUUAACGGGCUGCGGCUCCGCGGGGGGUCCUGAAGACGACAAGGACCGGAUCGUGGUGGAAAUCAUGCAGAUGUACGGCAGGCAGCAGGAGAAACUCAACGCCACGCUGCACAAACAACUGCAGCUGGAGAUGGAGUUGGAGGCCUUGCGUGGAGGCGAGGCGGCCCGUCUGAGGGAGCUGAGUGCGGAGCAGAGAGAGCUGCGGUCGGAGCUGGAGGCCGUGCACAGCGAGCAGGCCAGGCAGCUGUCCCACGCCCGACAAGAGCAGCACGAGCUGGAGAGCCGACUGGAGCAGCUCCGACAACAGGGCUGUGCGUGUGAGCCCGGCACGCAGCGGCAACAGGAGGCGCACUACACUGCACAGUUAUCCGAGUUGCGUCAGCGUCUGGAGCGUGCCGAGUCUGACCGGCAGGAGCUGCAGGACGAGCUGCGCCGCGAGAGGGAAGCCCGCGAGAAACUGGAGCGUACAAUCAGCCAACUCAAGCAGCAGAUGAGCCAUAGCUCCAGCUCUGCUCUGGGGGGCAGCCCUUCCCCUCCGCUCACCCCCUCAACAGGACCUCUCCACUCCCUGUCCCCCAUCAACGCCUCCCUCUCAGAGCACCACAAGUAG